AGGAAAUCCAAAACAACAGAAAAGCUAAUGCAGAUGUUUAGUAUGGAAAUUAAAGUGAGGAAGAGGAACAGAACAGUGCUUUUGGCGCCUGCUAUGCAGGAACACCAUUAUUACCGUUAGAGAGUUCGCAACGGCUUUUCAAAUGUGACGCUGUCUUCAGGAGCUUAGGAAAAAUGCAAGAGACGCUGUUCACACUGUCGAAGCAACAAGAGGACAACAACGCACCCACAAAGGACAUCGAGCUCCUACUGCCACCGCCGUUGUGCCGCCGUCCAACGAGGACGCGCCGGGUGUCUCCCGAGACUGUGGAGAGGGCGCUCCCGAACGGAUACCUCUACAGCGGCAGCCUCUCGAGAAACGCGCUGGUCGCCAGUGGGAAGUACCUCUGGUUGGACGGGUGCAUGUACGAGGGAGGGUGGAGGAAGGGAAAGGCGUGCAGCAAGGGGCGAUUCUCCUUGCCCUCUGGUGCAACCUACAAGGGCGAGUUUGCUGCCGGGAGGAUGCACGGCCCCGAGACCUUCGUCGGCGUCGACGGGGAGAUGUAUCGCGAUGCGCGGCUCUCGGACAGGAAGCACGGGUUCGGGGAGAAGCGGUACGCGAACGGCGACGUGUACGAGGGGUGGUGGCGGUGCAACCUGCAGGAGGGGGAGGGAAGGUACACGUGGCGGAACGGGAAUGAGUACGUCGGGGAGUGGAAGAAUGGCGCCAUCUCUGGGAAGGGCGUGCUUGUGUGGAAGAACGGGAACCGUUACGAGGGGUGUUGGGAGAACGGGGUUCCCAAAGGGAGAGGCGUCUUCACAUGGCGCGAUGGGAGCACCUCCUCUGGGAAUUGGGGGAAGGAGUUUGUCAAUGAGAAACGUGUGUCGGUGGAUGAGUGUUGUAACAACAACAACAACAACAUAAAGAGUGUGAGUUUUCCCCGGAUUUGCAUUUGGGAGCUUGAUGGCGAGGCUGGGGAUAUCACUUGUGACAUUGUGGAGGCUUCUGUGUUUUAUGGUGGUGGUGGUGGUGGAGGAGGCACAGGGUGUGAGAGUGAUGUGCAGUUGCAGAGGAGUCCUUGUGGUUCUGUUGAUGGGGAUGUUAAGAAGCCUGGUCACACUGUUUCCAAAGGGCAUAAGAAUUAUGAUUUGAUGCUCAAUCUUCAACUGGGUAUUAGAUACUCUGUUGGAAAGCAUACUUCUGUUUUGCGAGAGCUUAGGCCCGGGGAUUUUGAUCCGAAGGAGAAGUUCUGGACGAGGUUCCCCCCAGAGGGGUCUAAGUUUACACCUCCUCAUCAAUCUGUGGACUUCAGGUGGAAAGAUUAUUGUCCUAUGGUGUUCAGACAUCUAAGGGAAUUAUUUGGAAUAGAUCCUGCGGAUUACAUGCUUGCUAUUUGCGGCAAUGACACACUGAGGGAGAUGUCUUCUCCUGGCAAAAGUGGAAGCUUCUUUUACCUCACUCAGGACGACCGGUUCAUUAUCAAAACCUUGAAGAAGUCUGAAGUCAAGGUGCUCACCAGGAUGCUUACCAGUUACUAUCAACAUGUGUGUCAUUACAAGAAUUCGCUGGUAACAAAAUUUUUGGGGGUUCACUGUGUCAAACCAAUUGGAGGUCAAAAGACUCGGUUUAUUGUGAUGGCCAAUGUAUUUUGUUCGGAGUAUCGGAUCCAUAGGCGGUUUGACCUCAAAGGUUCUUCUCAUGGUCGAACAACCGAUAAACCUCGGGAGGAGAUCGAUGAGACUACCACUCUUAAAGACCUUGAUCUUUGUUUUGUCUUCCGCCUGGAACAGUCUUGGUUUCAAGAGCUAAAAUGGCAACUUGAUAGAGACUGUGAAUUCUUGGAAGCAGAGGGAAUAAUGGAUUACAGUUUUUUGAUUGGCCUUCAUUUCCGUGAUGAUAGCUCAGUUGAUGACGGGAAGAGUUUAACCAAUGAGUUGUGUUCAGGCAAGAGAGACAUGCAAAAUGAUGACACACAAGAUAUGAAGUGGAUACCCAUAGGCCGGGGACUUCUAAUUCGACUGGGAACAAACAUGCCUGCCAGAGCUGAGAGAGUGUGUAAAGCUGGGUUGGAUCAGCACACUGGUACUGGAAGUAGCAAUUCUACCCCUUCAGAGAGUGGUGGUGAGGUCUCUGAUGUAAUCCUAUACUUUGGCAUAAUUGACAUUCUCCAAGAUUAUGAUAUAAGCAAAAAGCUAGAGCAUGCAUACAAGUCGCUGCAAGUGGAUCCCUCCUCCAUCUCAGCCGUUGAUCCCAAGCUAUACUCCAAAAGGUUUAGGGAUUUCAUACAUAGAAUCUUUGUGGAGGACAAAUGAUAGAUAUACUUGGAGAGAGACAAUUGGAACUGAAACGGGACCAACUUCGGCGUGGUGACACCUUAGCAUCAGGAUCAGGACAUGUCAGUGAAUGCUGCAAAUGUUGGCGAUUUAAAGUUUGAACAGAGAUGUUGAUGCCAAAAUUAAAUUCUUGAUGGCUAAAUUUUUCUCAUAGCCAUUGCAAAUGGAAUGAAAAGUGAAAACUGGUGGGGGGUGUUGGUAGAUGAUAGACAUGGCAGGGGAUGCUUUAUUUAGUUUUGUUUGUUAUUUUUUUCAUUGAGGGGAGAGAUUGAGACGAUAGUUGGUUGUAAAUGUAAAAUGCAUCAUAGGGCAUGUGAUGAGGUAUUCUUUUUUGAUGACUUUUGGUUGUGGUUGUGGAGAGAAGGGGGUAUAGGGAAUAGAAAAAUGGGUAUGGAGGAAUUCAUAUUUGACCGGGGGGUGUACAGUUAAAGAUGAAUAAAGGAAUUGAAUUGAGGGAACA